AUGUCCACCGGUGCUUGUAGUCCGCCCCAGGAUGAAUCCCCUGCUUUCGGGCUGAUCGUGCUGGCGAUCAUAGGGGCCGAGACCAUAGUCGGGGCUUGGAUAAACGCUUUCAUUGUGACUGUCUGCUGUAUCGAUAGACUUAAAAACAAAUCCCUCGGUGCAGUUGACCGGAUCUUGUUGGUCUUGGCCACCAACAGGUUUUGCUUUUUGAUCACAGGAAUGUUACGGUUGCUGUGUAAAACCUUAAGCCCUAAGAUCUACUACAGUGACUUUUUCUAUCGAGGAUUGAAAGCCACCCUCUGGUUCUUCAUCUCUUCCAACCUCUGGCUUGCCGCUUGCCUCUGCUUGUUCUACUGCCUGAAGAUUGCCAAUUUCAGUCAUUCUUUAUUCGUCUCUCUGAAGCUAAAGAUAUCCAGGGCGGUUCCAGCACUGCUCCUAAGUUCUGCACUUUUAUCGUUUGUCAACACCACCCCUUUCUUCGGUAUGAUUUACACCUUCCAGUGCAACAUUCCAAACGCCACGGCAUCAGGAAACGUUACUACAUAUCAGAUCGAUAUGCAUACCAAUUGGGGCAUGCUGUUAUUCUUGUGCGGCUUUGGUUUCUCUGUGGUUUUUGUCAUUUUUGUCGUUUCUGCCAUUCUUUUACUUGUUUCCCUUUGGCAACACGCUUGGCAGCUGAGAGAUGUUUUGUCCAGCUACACAAGUCCUAGGAUGGCCGCUCACGUCCAAGCAGUGAAACUAAUAACAUCCUUCCUGAUUACUUACCUUGUCAACUUCGUGGCUUUGAUGGUCUUACUGACCAAUACAUUUUCAGAGGACAGCCCCUUAGUCUUCUUUUGUUCGGUUGUUUUAAACGCUUGCCCUACGGCACAUUCCGUUGUCCUGAUUCUGACGAAUCCCAGAUUCAAAAAGGCGUUCCUUCAAAUGCUGCAGUAUGGACGCUGCAAGUGGUGA